AUGUUGCGGGCAAAGGCUAAGUCCCGCUCCUCCCGCGCGGGCCUGCAGUUCCCAGUGGGCCGAGUGCAUCGGCUGCUGCGGAAAGGCAACUACGCCGAGCGCGUGGGCGCCGGCGCCCCGGUGUACCUGGCGGCCGUGCUGGAGUACCUGACGGCCGAGAUCCUGGAGCUGGCGGGCAACGCGGCGCGCGACAACAAGAAGACGCGCAUCAUCCCGCGCCACCUGCAGCUGGCCAUCCGCAACGACGAGGAGCUCAACAAGCUGCUGGGCAAGGUGACGAUCGCGCAGGGUGGCGUGCUGCCCAACAUCCAGGCUGUGCUGCUGCCCAAGAAGACCGAGAGCCACCACAAGGCGAAAGGCAAAUAAGUAGUUAAAAAGCAGAAAGUGUUACAACCUCCUUUAGUCCUUUAGACCCAAAGGCUCUUUUCAGAGCCAUCCACAUUUUCAAGUAAAAGAGCACGUGGCAGAAAACAGGGUGAAGUCUAAAGAUUCUGAACAUUCGGCCAACUUUUAUUAAAGCUUUACCUGCAAGAAUCCAUGUAGGGGCUUGGAAGUUAGCUCAGGGGUUCCCCGCCUGCCUCCCAAGUAAAAAGUCCCAAAUUUGAUCCCCGGUACAAAAAAAAAUAAUACUCCCUC